UAUGUUUUCGUGUCCGUGUCUCCUGCGGAGGAAAAGGGUGUGUGGGAGAUUUUUCUCAAAGGCGUACAGAAGAAAAAAAGGUUGGAGCUUUGGAUGAAGCUUUUUGGUUGAUUUUUAUCUGCUUCAGAAAAGUCGAAACUUUUCUUUCCACCCAUGAAAUGAUGCUUAGCUUCCCACUAAAUACUACUACUCCCCCUUUGAAUUUUGUGUGGGUUAGCUUGGUUUCUUAACAAGAAGAAAGCUUUCAUCGUCAUCAUUAUCUCUCUGUUGAAAGUACUGCACCCCUUCUUUUUUCUCUCCCUCUCUCUUUCUCUUUCCCACCUGCUGAUAAAGGGAUCUGGGAAAGUUGCUCCUCUUUGUUCUUUUUCCCUUGUAAACAUGGAAUUGGGGCUAUUAAAGCCAUGGAGGGCUCACCGAGGCCUGCCCUAAGGUCAAGGCCACAAAAGGACCAAGCUUUAAACUGCCCAAGGUGCAGUUCCACACACACCAAGUUUUGUUACUACAACAAUUACAACCUCUCUCAGCCCAGAUACUUCUGCAAGACCUGUAGGAGGUACUGGACUGAGGGUGGUUCUCUCAGAAACGUCCCUGUGGGUGGUGGGUCAAGGAAGAACAAGAGACCAUCACCAUCUUCAUCUUCAAGUUCGUUGCCAUCGUCAAAGAACAAGAAUGUUCCCAAUCUGAGUCCACCACCUCCUACCACCAUCCUUCACUCCGACCCUCAAAACCCUAAUAACAAGCUCCAUGAAAGCCAAGAUCUGAUCCUGUCCAGCUACUUGCCGGCUCAGGCUUACGCUGCUAUUAGCCACCAUCUUCCAAACCCUAGCUCUUCUUCUUCUUCUUCCCCAAUGGAGCUUCUGAAGAGCGGUGGGGCUGGUCCUAGCGGUCUGAGCCUGAGUAGUUUAAUGGCGAUUCCCGGGCCUGAUUCAAGCGCCUGCAUGUAUUCGUCAUCAGCUGGGUUUCCUCUGCAAGAACUCAAGCCAACCACCCUCCAAUAUUUCUCUCUGGCUGGCCUUGAAGCUGGGGAGUUCAGACAAGCGCCUUCGAGGGCUGCUGAGUUCGACCAAAUGAAUAGGGGGCAACAUGGAGAUUCAUCAACUGGGUAUUGGAGCGGAUUGUUGGGUGGAGGAUCCUGGUGAUGACAGUUGACAUGGUCAUAUGACAGAAAGAUAGCAGCUCUUCUUGCAUGAAAAGCAUUUGCAAGAAUUCAGGAUGAGUUUGAUUUUCCUUUUGAUUUAUUUCUUCUGAGUGUGACUUUGCUUCUAGGGUAUGAUGGAAAGCUAGACAAACGGAUAGGGGUAAAAUGGUUUCUUCAUUUUUCUUAAUUACUGUCUUUCCACUGAGCGAGUUUGGUUGCUUUGCUUGCCUUCAUUUCAUUGGUUUCUUACAUAUUCUUCGGUGCUUAUGGGUUUUUUGUUCACCUUGUCUUAGCAACUUGAUCAAUGGGGAUAUGCUUGAGAGGUUUCAUAA